GCAAGGCUGUCGUCAACACCACAUACCAUACAACAUGCCUCCUAGACUGAAUUUCCAUACGGCCGCGAGGUCGCUGACCAUCCGAUCACGACCUAUAGCAGCGACUUACCAACCACGAAUCGCACAUGUUGUCUCACGGAGGGGAUUUGCGGAGGAGAAACAACCAGCGACGGGUCCCAACCAAGAUAUCCUUCCGGGUGUGAGCGAAGAAGCUAGAGAUAUGGGAGACAUAACCGGAGAGACGAAGCCAGAAAUUGAACAAGGAACUCCUAUUCAAGAUGUUUGUCCACCAAUUCCCUCGCAAUUGCACAUUUCCCCGGAUUCAAUACCCAUGACAUCACCUACCCCCUCCACCAUUUCCUUAUCCAGGACCUAACGUAGACACCAGAUUCUCAAACGCGACCCAGAAGCCCUUAAGAAAGCCCCCGCAGUCAUCAAAGAAGAAUUGGAUGCCGAGAAGAAAGCUGCAGAUGUGGAAAACACCACGUUUGGAAACCUACUGGCGCUGGGACAGUUGGAGAAGGCUUCGGAAGGGGAGUAUGUAGGACAUAAAUUUGGACUGCCGGAUUUGCCGCUGCCGAAGGAUGGGAAUUUACAUUAUCGGUAUGAUCCAGUGGUGGAUCAGGUUACGAAUUUGUUGAUGGCGCAUGGGAAGUUGAGUGUUGCACAACGGGUAUGUUUUCUGUCUGGAGACCCGGGAGGAUUAUUUGGAGAAUCAAUGCUAGAUUCUGUGCUUGAGAAAGUCUCGGAAAUUGAGUAUGAGAAGAUGAAAUGCUAACAAGCACACAAAAGAAUAUGGCCUACAUCCUAAACCACCUCCGCACCUCCCCCCCACCAACACCCAACCCUCUCCGCCCCCUCCUCCCCGGCUCCCCACCCGCUUCCCAUCUCCCCCUCAACCCAGUCCUCUACCUCACUCUCGCAAUCGAUAGCAUCGCUCCCCUCCUACGCAUCCGUUCGCAAAAAGGCGCCGCAGGAGGAGGAGCCGCGCUUCAAAUCCCCGUACCGCUAGGACUCCGCCAACGGCGAAGAACAGCCAUCCAAUGGAUCCUCGACUCAGCGAACAAGAGGCAGAGCCGAGGAAGUGGGAAAUUCCAGUUUGCACAGAGGUUCGCGGAUGAGAUUAUUAGUGUGGUGGAGGGACGGAGUACUGUUUGGGAGAAGAGGAGUUUGGUGCAUAAGACGGGGACGAGUGCCCGAGCGAACUUGAUGUUUGGACAGAGGAGGAGAAGGAUUGCGCACUAGGCUGGGACUUUGAUUUGGGGAUAGGUGGGAAAAUUGGGACUGGAUGAGGUGUAAGUGUAAUGUACAAAAGCAUCAAGGGAUUUCCAAGCAAGCUGCCGCAGGAGCCAUUUAUUUGCUGUGUAUAAUGAGUUGCAAUGUUUCUCUCGAGAUCAUCAUCAACUGUUGUUAUCCAGCGCAAGUACUUCUCAAUAUAUGAUGGACACGAUAGAGCAGGUGCAUAUUGCACGUCACGUCAAUCGGAAAAUCCAUUUUCACCAACGACCAAAUCACUACGCGAGAUAGCUGAACUAAUAACGUCCUAUCAACUCCGAGUGAUCCCAAAUACCCCUCCCAAAUCUG